AUGCCAAAGUUCAACCAGUCCAGCCCUGUGAUCUUCAUCCUGAAGGGCAUCCCCGGCCUGGAGGACAUGUACCUGUGGCUGUCCCUACCCUUCUUCUUCAUGUUCGCCGCCAUUCUCCUGGGCAAUAGCAUCAUCCUGUUCCUGCUGGUGACGGAGUCUGCCCUGGACAAGCCCAUGUACCACCUGCUGGCCAUGCUCUUGCUGGCUGACCUGGUCUCCACCCUGGCCAUGAUGCCCCAGGUCCUCGGCCUCCUGUGGUUCGGUGUCCAGGACAUCAGCCUGGAUGCCUGCUUGCUCCAGAUGUUCUUCAUCCACGGCACCUCUGUGGUGCGCUCCGCCGUGUUGGUGGCCAUGGCCUUCGACCGCUACGUGGCCAUUUGCGACCCCCUGCGCUACACAACUGUGCUUACCGGCUCCUUGGUGUGCCGUCUGGGGCUGAUGGCUCUGGCCAAAGGGAUGGUUUUGAUUCUGCCCAUUCCCCUGCUGCUCAGACAGCUGACCUUCUGCCGGACAGUCAUCGCCCACACCUACUGCGACCACAUGGCGGUGGUCAAGAUGGCCUGUGGGCACACCGGGCCCAACCGUAUCUACGGCCUCUUCUUGGUCGUCCUGGUGGUGGGCCUUGACUGUCCGCUCAUCGGGGCCUCCUAUGCCCUGAUCCUGUGGGCCGUGUUGCACUUGUCUUCCCGUGGGGCCCGCCUCCGUGCCCUCAGCACCUGCUCUGCCCAACUGUCGGUCGUUCUCGUCACUUAUGGCCCUGCCCUCAUCUCUGCAAUCAUCCACCGCUUUGGCCGCUCCAUCCCAGUCCACAGCCACAUCCUCCUGGCCAACCUCUACCUCCUUAUCCCCUCUCUGUUCAACCCAGUCAUCUUUGGGGUAAGGACAAAGGAGAUUCGGGAUAUGGUCACCAAGCACCUGGGCCACUGCCCUGGGACAAAAGCCCAGUAG